AUGCUACUACCACUGAUAUGGAAGAAAGAUGAUCAUGCUUCAGUUCAACAGCAUGAUGAGAAGCAUGGACCUGCCACCAUUACUCAAGCACAAUUCAAUAAACUAGUGAAUCUUCUUCAGCAAUCUACCUUCAGUCAAGCCUCGACUUCUGCAACUUCCAACCAAGCACAAGAUUCAACCUUUCUAAAUCAAACACUAACAGAAAACAUUGUGAGGAAAAUCUUCAAGUUUAUUUUCUAUCUCCACUUGCUUUUAAUUUCACUUUUGAUCAUUUCUCUCACAAUCUAUAACCUUAUCAUCUCCCCCUCUCAAAACCCUAAUUUCCACCCAAUGAAAUGGUACCCUCCCCUCUUAACCUCAAUAUUAUGUGCUGGAGUUUUUGGUUUCACAUGGAAAUGGAUCACUCUCAAGAACCCUAAAAUUGCCAUCAAAACAAUAUUUUGGCUUAGCCCUAUUCUUACAUGUGCAAUGGCCAUCAUGUUGGUCUACAUCGAAACUACGAUAAGUCUUACAUUUGGUGUCAUUGCUUUGAUUUCUUCAUUGAUUCAAUCUCUCUAUGGUUGUUGGAUCAAUCGUAGACUUGAAUAUGCCAACAAAAUUUUAUCAACUUCUAUAGUUGAUUUACCUAUCAAAACCAUGAGAAUAGUCUUUUCAUCAACCCUAAUCGGAAUUUUCUAUUGCUUUUUUUCUCAUGUUUGGAAUAGGAGGAUCAAGAGUAAUUGA